AUGGCUGAGAACCGGAUUGAAAAUCACACAUCGGCUGCCCAAGACUUCCGCCGUUUCGUGCAAGAGCUCAGGGACGAAAACGACCUCGUUGUCAUUCAAACCGAGGUUGACCCCUACCUCGAACUCGGCGCCAUCGUCCGUAUGGUAUACGAGACGGAAGAGAAAGCCCCCUUGUUCAACAACAUCAAAGGUCGCCUCGACAAUGGCCUGUUCCGGAUUCUCGGAGCUCCGGUGGGGGCCAGUAAGCUCCCAGGCAAGCGAUUCAUGAGGAUAGCCAAGUCUUUGGGCCUUCCCGCUACCGCCACUGGAGAAGAGAUUGUCAACAAAAUCAACGCCGCAAAGAGACUCGCUCCAAUCCCGCCAAGAGAGGUGCCAACCGGUCCAGUCAAGCAAUUCAAAAUUCUCGGCGACGACAUCGACCUCACCACUCUCCCAAUACCCUUCCUACACCAAGAUGACGGUGGGAAAUAUCUUCAGACCUUUGGCAUGUACGUCGUGCAGAGCCCCGACGGGGCCUGGGUAAACUGGUCCAUCACCCGGGGCAUGCUCCACGGCAAGCGAUCCAUAGUCGGCCCAGUCAUCCCGCGACAGGACAUCGGGGUCAUCCGGGAUAUGUGGCGGGAGAUGGGACAGGACAUGCCCUUCGCGCUUUGCUUCGGCGUUCCCCCGGCUGCCAUCAUGGUCAGUGGCAUGCCGCUGCCCAAAGGUGUCAACGAGACGGAUUUCAUCGGCGCCUUGACUGGCAGCGCGGUCAAGGUCGUCAAGUGCGAGACGAGCGACAUUCGCGUUCCAUCAAAUGCCGAGCUCGUCUUGGAAGGUGUCAUAUCGAGCACGGAGACGGCGCCAGAGGGUCCCAUGGCGGAAUACCACGGGCUUGUGUUUCCAGGGACUUCCAAGGACUGGCCUGUCUUCAAGAUCGAUGCCCUGACUUACAGGGAGGACCCCAUCGUCCCAAUCUGUGUAGCGGGCAAGGCCGUCGAAGAGAAUCACACGGUAUGGGGUGUCAUGCAGGCGGCAGAAGUUCUCUCGAUCUGUCAGGCAGCGGGGCUUCCGAUUAAGACGGUCUGGAACCCGUUUGAGUCCCACUGCCUGUGGUUCGUGCUACAGGUCGACACACGGCAGCUGCGAGCACUGUCCACAAAUAUCGCCGACUUUAGCAUUCGGGUUGGUCACAUCGUCUUCGGCUCCAAGCCCGGGUACUACAUUCCCAAGAUAUACCUAGUAAGCGAUGACAUCGACCCAUCAAGCCUGCAGGACGUAGUCUGGGCUGAGGCCACGAGGUGUCAACCUGGAGCGAACGAGUUCUUCUUUGACGAGUAUCCCAACAUACCGCUGAUACCGUAUGUCAGCCACGGCAUCGAGGCAGCUGGACAUCACAGAAAGGUAGUUCGAUGCUGCUUGUUCCCUGUCGAGUUCACGUCCUCCCAUCGUUUCUGGAAGCAGGGCUCGUUCCGAGAGUCGUACCCAGAGGACGUCCAGGAUCGAGUCAGACAACGCUGGGGCUCGUACGGAUUCUGA